GUCGAAGUGCGGGAAUAUAUAAAGAGGCGGGGAAUUCGAUUUUGACAAGGAUUUUAAAUUCAUUUUUGCAAGAUUGCACUGUUUUAUGGCCGCUGCAAACCUUGGACAAGCUUCGUCUUGUUUAUGAGGUAUCAGAGAUGGCAAAAGAGUGGUGGGAAGGCGAAUUAGCGAACGAUAUACACGGCGUACUUCGCAAAAAGGAGUUAACUUUAGCACAGUACAAGGCUUCGUCUCCCCAACUCGCUGUUCGCAGAUAUUUAGUAGACUGGUUGGCGAUAAUCUUCGAGAAAAUCGGAUCCUCUUAUGGCAUUUUGCAUUUAAGUGUGGCCCUUAUGGAUUAUUUUAUGGAUAAUCAUGAUAUACCCGAACCACAAUUGCAUCUUGUAGCGCUCACUUGCUUUUUACUUGCAGGUACAGCAAUUAUAAAACAACCAUGUGCUACGUUUUUAAUAUUUUAAAAUAUUCUUUUUUAAAUCCAAAAUCUCAUUCUGUUGAUAGUUAAGAUAAAAGUUAUAAUAUUGAGUUUCAUAUUUUAUGCCAAAAUCUUAACUGGAUAAUUUUUUUUUGAAUGGGUUUAUAAAAAUGGGAGAGGAUAGCAAAUUCCACAUUUAGCAGUAUGUCCAAGGGGUGCUCAUUUGCUUUUCCCGGGUGGUUUAUUGGCUGAUCGCAUUAUUAAUCCGUACCCCCCCUAUUGAGGACAUGUGGAAUUUCCAAUGCCCCCCUGCAAAAGUGAACCAAAAAUGAAGGAAUUUCCAUGGGAGGGUCCAAAUUUUAAAGCAAAUCUGCGGAAAUUCCAAAGGGUAGGUAAGAAAAUUGAGUAAAACGUAUGGAAUUUCCAUGGGAGGGUCAACAAUGGAAAAGAAAUUCCAAAGGAUAGGAUAAAAAUCAGCAAGGAAUUUUCCAAGGGAUAGCUACUAAUCAAAGAAUCAAUACGGAAUUUCCACUGGCUAGAUGAAAAACUGUCAAGGAAUUUCCAUGGGAUAGGUUAAAAGUUCGUAAAAAAUUUGCGGAAAUUCCAUGGGCAGGGCUAAAAUUCAAUAAAAAUCUGCGGAAAUUCCACAGGGGAGGCUAAAAAUUCGCUUAAAAUAUGUGGAAAUUCCAGGGGAGGGGGGACCAAAAAAUGGAUGUCCUCAAUAGGGGGGUGCGGAUUAAUAAUGCGAUCAGCCAUUUAUUCAUUUUAAGAGAAUAAUUUUAAUUUCUUUUGCUUUAAAGCAAAGUUUGAUGAAAUUGAGAACAGGAUCCCUACCAUCGAGCAGCUCAACUCUUUCGUACACAACUCAUUUGACCGGUCAGAGUUUCAUGCCAUGGAAUUGUUGCUACUGGAUCAUUUUUCAUGGAAUGUUGAUCUCCCAACUGCAGCUAGUUUUGUUGACAUGUUCCUUGUUCACUCGGUGCUGAACGAUGACAACCAUUCAGGACGUCCAUUGAAUAACUGCACUAAAGCAAGAGUUUAUGUCAAGAAAUAUGUGUAUUACUUCUUAGAAAUCUCAUUACAAGGUACUUCUCCCCUACCAAAAGGCAGUUUAACCCCCUCCCAAGGUAUCCCCCCUCCUUAAGGCAGUUUAUCCCCAGCUUAAGUCUAGCCAGUAACCCACCAACAGAAAAUGUUCUACUGCAUAGUGUGGUCUGCACUCUGCAGCAGCAAAACUCUGCCCUUAAUUUUGCUGUGAGAAAUUUGAAUGAACACAAUUGUACCUACCCCUCCUCCCUUCAAGCAUCCUCUCUAGGUGGUGCAUGCUGGAAUGACGUAUUCAUAAUCACUAUGUUUUUACUCUUAGAUCAUAAAUUCCUAUCAUUCAAACCUUCAGUAGUCACAGCAGCGGCAGUCGCAGCAGCAAGAUCUUGUCUUCAUCUAACACCAACUUGGAAACCUGCACUUGUGGAACUGAUCCAAUACGAGUACUUUGAAAUAUGUGAAUGUGUCGAUCUUAUGCUCAAGUAAGUGUAAUUUUUUUAAGGUCACAGGUUCAGGUUUCCUAAACUAAACUAAAAUUUGUUCAAUGAAAGUAGAACAGAUUUAUAGUCUCUUAGGAUCAAAAUGGAGCAAAACCUUUCCAGCAUGUCAAAUGCACUCAUUCCACAGACCGAUAUACAGUCACAUGCAGAUGAACACAUAUAGUCACCAUUUAACUAUAUUCCACCUAGCAAUGAUAUCAGUACCUCCCUAACAACCAACUAUUAACUAUACACAGUUCCUCCUAUACUUAUAUAGAAUAACCAACCUUGGUAGAUGUACAGUGGUAAAAAAAUGCAGAUUAACAAUAGAAUAUUUUAAUUGUUUAUUUUUCAGAGCUCAUGAUGCAGAUGAAAAGGCAAUGUCCAGUUCAGCCCAGAUUGCCGUGCAAUCUACUGGGCAAUCUACUGCAAUAUCAAGUACAAACUAACAGCAUGGUAUAUACAAUAGAAAUAUAAUAAAAAUUACUAUUUAUAAAAAAAACAGAUAUAUGUAUAUAUAUAUUCAUUGGUAUGGGUGGAUUUAUAUUUUGGCUCAGGAUGUAAAAACAUGAACUGAUAAUAUAUUGAAAAAUAUUGAAUGUGAUAUAAUUAGUGUGAACAUUUUGUGUAGAAGUAUAUUGAAAUGUGUAGUUUAAUAGAGUAGUGUUAACUAAAUAGUACUGAACUGAGAUUGCUAAUAUAUCAAAGAUUAAUGUUAUACUAUUAAAGUUCAAAAAAUAUAUUGGGUAGUUAAAAAAUAACUAUUAAAAAAAAGAUGCAAUAUAUAAAUUAAAGUGUAUAGUUUUUGUCCUAUUUUAUUCCAACUUUUUAAAAAAUUGUUCUAAAUUUUUACCUUACGCAAAACUUUGAGCAUUUCAGAAAAUGGAGCGAAAAAUUUCAUGGCCAAAUGGAAAAGUGAAAAAACUCUGGGAGGAUUGUUGAAAAACGGUAUUAUUCCACCGCCACCAGACUCUUUGCGAGAACUGCAGAGUACAUCGAUUUAGUACAACAAUUUGGACUAUAAUAUACUAGACCCAUUGAACAGUUAGGAACCUUUAGGAAUGAACUUCUCAAAUCUCUAUCUUCAUAAUACUCAUACAGUACAUUUAAAAUAUAACUUACUAACUCUUUGUAUCCUUGUAAAUAUGUAUAGCAUCAUGUAUCCUAUACUAUAGUCUCAUAAUUUUUCAUGUAUAUCAUAUAUAUCCAUAUACCAAUAUGUAAAUACUGCACGCACACUAUAUAGUAUACUAUUGUAUACUUUGUAUUUUAAUGUUUUGCAGGAACCAUCCGAAAAACACUUCUUGUGAUGUUGGUUUCCUGAAUAAAUAAAUAUAAUCAUUCAUUCAACGCCGAGAUGUAAUAUUUCAAAACCGAUUAUGUCUAUGCAUGACUAUGAGGACUGGACGUCUAUAGGACUUAAAAUGACAUCUCAUACGAAUAAAUUACUACUGUGCUUAAAGUGAAGUGAAUUAAUUUUGAUCCAGUCCUAGGACUGAAUCAAUAUACUUCACCAGGUAUCCAGUAUUAACAUGUAUAGUAAGCAAAAUAAAGCAAUAUAUGGUUGGCUAAUUUACUCAUUAAUUUUUAAUGAGUUUGAGAUGUAGGUUAAACUUUUUCUGUAUGUGUUUAGUACAGGUUGCAUAGAUUAUCCGUGAUCUUAUCCUGUUCCGUUGGACGAAGUAUUCCAAAAAAAACAUCUUUUGGUCGCUUCUGUUAUAGCUGUGUAAGCUCAAUCGCAUCAGAACGGUUCCUUCUUUUGGGGUAUCUUCGCACACCUGAUAAAUUCAAACUGUUCCUUUUUCUUGUGUUAUUCUUUCUCCUGGAUGAAGAUACUACGUAUUGCGCCCCAAAGCCCUUUACACUGUCUGAAGUUCAAUAUGUACUAUGUAACAUGGUAAUCUGGAACAUUUAAAUUUAGUUCUGGUUGUGUUAUUCUUUCUUCUGGAUGAAGAUAUGUACAAUAUUGCGCCCAAAAAGUCCUUUACACUGUCUGAAAUUCAAGAUCUACUAUGUAACAUGGUAAAAUCGAACAUUUAGAUGUAGUCCUGAUUCAUCGGUUGAUUGCUUUAACUUGAUCGACAAAAUGUUUUUGAGACUGAAAAAGUACGCAGAACAACUCAUCCUUCAAUGAAUACCGAAUACUGGCUGGUAGUUCGACCAAAAUACGCUGUAUUGGGGAUCUUGAUAUACUGAAGAUCUUGGAUUUCACGGCAUAUAUGUCCCAUCAAUAUGAAACAAGAAAGGUGCUUCAUAUAGGUGUCAUCACAUCCUUCGAGUUGUCGGUACAGCUCACCACAACAAAUGUCUCUAUACUUUCCUUCGUCAUGUCUAUUGGCCUGUUGUAUACCGAUAACCAAUUCUCUUUCGACAAUCCUCUUCAAUCAAACUGCAACAAGGAUGUUAGAAAAUAGUUCUGCUAGUUGGAUACUGGGAACAACGUUAGGAACUCUGGCGUUGAAUUGCUCUUUAAAGAUCUGGAUCGUUUUUAACACACACGAAGUUGUUUAUCAGCGCCUCGCUUUCAACAGGCUUCAUGGUGUUUCGAAUCAUUGUAUCAUAAACUCCUUCUGUAAAGUUGAUAUAUUUAUAGUCCUAUAUACCUAUGUCUGCAGUCUUUGUUCAACGUUAUAAAACAAAAAUACAAGUUGAAAUAUAUAAUUCUUUAUAUAUACUUAAUUCCUGAGCCAGGUAUUGAAAAUAUUCUUCAUUUCUUCUCUUCUCUUUGCAGAACCGUUAUUUACAGUCGGAAUGAUCUUGUGAGGUUUGAUAAACUGCACAAACUGCUUUAGUUCUUUGAAACUGCUGUGUUCACUGUACGGCACACC